UGAGCGAGAGAGCUCAGUGAUGUGAGCAGCGCACUAGCAAUAAUACUAAAAACAGCAGCAACAGCAGUGCGAUAGUGGCAGCGACUGCGAACUGAAAAGGGUGCGAAGUGCGACAAAACGAUAGUGCAAGGGGUCUUUUCCGUUUGGCCGAGACUGGAACAAGCGAGAGACGUAGAGCAAGAGAGUGUGUGUUACCGGGAUGAAUUUGUACGUGUGCUCGGUUCGUGUGUUCGAUGGAAAUUGACAAUUUGUGGGCAGGCAGCAAAUGUGAAAAGAAAAUCCAUGGUCUGCAACCAGGCGCGGUGCAGUUUCCUUCGCCGACAGUUCAUCUCUGCGCAAAAUGAAUGCGGAUCUCCGUUUUCACGGAAAGUUUCCUGCUGUCACAUGCUAAACGCCCUGGCUGGUGGAAAUUUCUUGGUGGAAAAAGCCUACUCUGCUCUGUUUGCUCGAGCCGUGGCGUGUGCGUUUGUAUGUGUAAGAAAAGUGCGAUAGUGCACACUGUUGUGUCGUUGGUGUUGGCUAUUUUCGGUCAUUCUAGUUUGAUACGCGUACAAGUGUUUGUGCAGUGUAUCCGGCUGUAAGUGCGAGCGUGCGUGCCGUUUUCCGUGCUUGGCGUGUUUUCACGCCCUUCUACAGUAUGCCGGCAUGUUUUUUUCGGGCUAUUGUGUCAUCAUCACCAAAGCAAUCUUGUUUUCUUCGCAAAUGCGUGUGUAGUGUGAUAAUGUGAUCUGUGCCGGUUGAUAACGAUCAACUUUCCGUAUUUUCCACGCAGUAUUCUAAUCGUUCUGUAGAUUUCCAAUGCGAAUGGCAACACCGAUCCCGAAAUACGGCGAAUUGAUUGGGGUUUAAAUAGAUAUAUUACCGCAACUGCAGCAACCAGUAAUCGUGCAUAUUAAUUCGAUUCUUCCAUUGUGCCAGCUGAAUACGGUGUUACUUUAAUGUGCGAAAACAUUCAGGUAGCCGCCUGAAGUGUGCAGAAAUUGAGAAUCUUGCGAGUUACUAUUGGUUCACAGACUGGAUAGAACAUUGGGCAACACAAAAUGUCAACAUCGUCGGAAAGAGUGGAAUGGGUGGAAAUCAUCGAGCCCCGAACGAAGGAACAUAUGUAUGCGAAUUUGACCACAGGCGAAUGUGUCUGGGAUCCUCCUGAGGGUGUCACCAUCAAGCGAACAGAUGCUUCACAAUGGUGGGAGCUGUUCGAUACAAAUACCUGUCGAUUUUACUACUACAAUGUUGCCUCACAGAAAACCGUUUGGCAUCGGCCGCAGAACUGUGAUAUUAUCCCUCUGGCCAAGUUGCAAACCCUGAAGCAAAACACCGAUCCGAGCGAUCGGAAAGAUGCGACACUCCCGCAUCAUCACCAUCAUCACCACCACCAUGGUGCAGGAAGUGGUGGCAGCACAGGGGGAGGCAUUGGUGGUCUCGGUGCACUCGGUGGUGCAUCGAAGUUGGGCGGCAGCGGUACGGUAGGAAAAUCUUGCGGUCAUCGAACGGCAACGGGUGUCACGGAUUAUCGCGAUCGAGACCAUCACCAUCGUAGUUCCAGCUCGGGACACCGUCGUGGCGGCGGCGGCGGAUUAGAUCAACGCAGCAACAGCGAGCUUCUGGCCAGCCCGCAAGGAAGACACAGUCUUCAGCAUAGAUUACCGCCAAAAAUCGUAACCUCUCCGUUGGCUGACGGUAACAGCCACGCUUCGAUUAGCCGACUGGACUCGCACAAAUUUUGCAGACAUGGGCACCAGUCGAGUGGUGGCGCAGGAACCGGUGGCAUCUCGGUGCCAUCUGCUGGAUCGGUACGUGGAAGCCAGCGCUAUCCGGGAAGUUAUCAGCAUGGCCAUCUUCAUGCGGCGCAGCAACACCAUCAACGUUUCCACCAUCAUCACCAUCAUCCGGACAUCGGCUCGCUUAAAUCCUCCGAGGGUAGCUUGUCCGGUAGUUAUCGCCGGCUGCACGGUGGUGUUCCAGGCAGCGUUCCGGAUGCCGCGAACAGCCUGCUUCGGUACGGCAGUGGUUCCAGUGGUUAUGCGACAAAUGGCCAUAGCAGCGGUGGCGGCAGUGGCACGGGUAGUAGAAAACACAAUCCUGACAGUAGUAGCGGCUACCGCAUGCUACAGGAAAGUUCCAGUUCUCACAACAUUCCACACUCGGUGGUAGUCCCUUCGCCUUCAGCAUCAACGGCAGCUGUGUCUGCAGUGAGUAGCAGCGAAAAGCUAGCCCUUGGACCAUUGCAUCAUUCGUCAGCACUGCCCCCACCUCACCAAAUGCUGUCGUACUCGAUCUCAAACUCGUCGGAUCUUGCUGCUGCCGGAAGCCUAUCCUCACCGUCACACUCGCUGAGCACGCCGCAGUUCAAAAAGAAAUUCAUCCAUGACGGUGGUGUAGGUGGCUCCUCAUCGAAAUCGUCUUCGAAGGAUGGCAACCUUGUCGGAGGAAUGGUAUCAAAGCACGAAAGCUUUGACUAUGGCGGCAAUCCUAGUGCAUCAUCAAUCUCGCUUACAAGGUCUGGGAGUUUUCUUUCGUCUGCAGGCAUAACUAGUGGUGUGGGUGGUGCUAUUGGUACUCCCAUUUCAUCCCGACCGUAUGGACCAUCGGGAAGCGGAGGUAGUUAUCAUUCUUCCAGCGGUUCCCAUAGGAAGGGUAGCUUUGAUGGAAAUGGUGGAAGCGGCAGUGCAGGAGCAGGCACUGGUGGCAGUGCUGGAACUGGUGGAGCUGCAGGAGUAGGGGGAGGGGGAGGAGGAGGAGGAAGCGAUGAUUCAAUGCAUGAAAAAUACUUUAAAUCGGUUGAAAAUACACCGAUCACGCGACGGCGUCACACAACGUCCUCUAAAUCGCCUUUGCAGCAACAAAAGCAAUCAAGCGAUUCUAGUCCCCAGAGUCCAAUUAGUCCACAACAGCAGCAGCAGCAACAGCAAGGAAAAGUGCAACGGCCGUCAGCUUUGUCGGUGGAGUUAUCUUCCGGUAGCAGUUACCAAAACAACGGCAGCAACAAAUCUAGUCAUAAAAAUAGCAAUAUCAAUAGCAGCAACACCACAGGUGAUCAUCCCAGCGAGCUGAUAUACAAUGUCGAUGGUGUGACAGGAAAAGCGGACAAAUAUCUUGAUAAAAUGAAGCAUGAUCGCACCGGCAAAGUAUCUCCCGGUGCGGUGUCAAUGGGCGGCAAACAAUCUCCUUAUCCGCCCAACAUUCCAGCAUCCUCUUCCUCUAGUCAUCCUAUGGAACAAACGAGCGGUGGCAGUACCGCCAAGAUAAGUGCGGGUAAGGAUCAGUUUUCAUUGAACCUGAAUCAAUCCAACCUUGACCGACACAACCGAGCGCACGAUCAACAACAAACACUUGAGAAAAAAUCGUCGGGAUCAACGCAUACCGUUGCCUCGAACAAUUCUUCUACGCACAAUGCGAAACAUGGCAAAAAGGCUAAACAUUAUAACAAUCACAAUACCGCUGGUGGUACCGGGUUCGAUUUCGAUUACGACAAUGGCAAUACCUCGCCUCUGUACUGCAACUGGGACAAGGAAAUGCAGGAACAUUUGCUCCCUUUGCAACAUUACAUUUUAGAACAGGCGAAGCUGUCAGGCUCCUACGGAUUAGGUGAUUUGGACUCUGAUUCUUUUCACUCCGACAGCCAAUCGGAGCACUCGUUCUCGGGACACGAGCCAGAUAAUGAGGACUCCGAUCAUUCCGAUGGUCACGGAGACUAUUUGGCUCAUUAUCCUUACGAAGAGUACGGUGCCCGUCAUGGUCAGGAUGGCGGCGUAUCAUACUAUAACUUUGAGUUCAAUUUUGGCGAUCGCGAUGAAAAGGAAGACAUAUCCGAAGAAGUGACGGCAAAAUUAGAGAGCAUGCCUGAUCAAAUAUACAGCCCAGUCAAAAACCAUCCUCCAUUGCACAAAUUUCCGUCACCUGCAUUUCAAGCCGGAAGACAGGGUUUUGAGUCGACCGGCACUGUGUUGUCUGAUACUGUUGACCGUGGACCACCCACAGUUCCAAUGGGCAGUGGAAAUGGUACUUUUGGGUCGAAAACGUCUUACCUACAGCAGAUGGCGGCCGCAGCUGGACAGCAUCAACAGCAACAACUGAGUGGAGGAAUACAGCCACCGCAACAACAGCUACAACACAAACUCAAUAAAGCAACACUGUUGCAGCGAUUCCAGGAAAAUCUAAGAUUAGAAUCUUCAGGACCGGGAGCAGGCAGUAACGGGAAGAUAGCUGAGAUGGCUUUGCUAAAGGAGUGUGAUAUCGAGAAAUUUGCGCAGGAUAAUCUCAAUCUACAUUCGAAGGGUAUUUUCCGCAAAAAAUCCUCCGUGAGAGACAUGCUCAGUUGGACAUCAAACGCGAUAAGCCGUCCGAUGCUAUCUCUGGCCAGAGACAAAGCGGGUAAAAAGAUGGCUACGGAUCUGUUCAAACUGGUGCAGAUAUAUAUGGGCGAUAGAAAAGCACGCAUUGGGAUGAGCUUGAUUUCGGUCGCAAUAGACAUCGUAACAAUGGCAAUGGGUCAGGCACAGCUGCGAGACGAACUAUACAUCCAGAUGUGCCGCCAGACUACAGAGAAUCCGAGUCGCGAUUCAUUGAUCCGAGGUUGGGAGCUAAUGGCGAUUUGUCUGUCAUUUGUACCACCAUCCCCCACGUUCCAGCCAGCUUUGCUGGGUUACAUCAACCGACACCGGGAUCCUUCCUUUGCGACCACUUUCCCAGAGGUUGGCAAAUGGCCAAUCCACGUUCAGAUUUCGCAUUAUGCAACGAUAGCGUGUCGUCGGUUGGAUCGCAUCGGAAGCUCGGGUAGGAAGCAGGCCAAACGGCCAUCGGAAGAUGAGAUCAAUCAAGCGCGAGAGCAAAUUUUCCGCGACAGUAUGUUCGGCAAUACGCUUAGUGAGGUAAUGGAACUGCAGAAAGAACGAUUCCCAGAGCGACAGCUUCCCUGGAUACAGACAACACUUUCUGAACAAGUUUUACUUUUGAACGGGAAGCAAACCGAAGGCGUUUUUCGAGUACCGGCUGAUGUUGACGAAGUUAAUGUAUUGAAAAAUCUGAUCGAUCGCUGGGAAUUUCCCGAAAACAAGGGUACGAUGGAUGCCCAUGCUCCUGCUAGUUUGCUGAAGCUGUGGUAUCGCGAACUGUACGAUCCGUUGAUUCCGGAUGAGCUUUAUGAUGAAUGUGUUCAAACAGAAGACCCUGUUGAAGCAGCUGCUAUCGUAGAAAAGUUACCCAAAAUCAAUCGAUUGGUUCUCACUUAUUUGAUACACUUCUUGCAACAGUUUUCCCUACCUGACGUGGUUGCUAACACAAAAAUGGAUUCAUCCAACCUGGCGAUGGUAUUUGCACCUAAUUUGCUACGUUGCCAAUCACAAGAUCCGAAAGUAAUUCUAGAAAAUGCCCGAAAAGAGAUGACAUUUAUGCGCACACUGAUACAGCAUAUGGAUACAUCCAGCGUCACAUAUUUGGUGUAAAGCGAAGAAACUUUCAACAGUGUCGUAUAUCAUAGAUGAAAUAGUUGGUACAACUGAGUUGAAGGUAUCCCAAAUCAAAAGAAAUACGGACAGGAUAGGCAGGUACCUAUAAUCGCUGUUGCUAUUGCUGGGAUUAAUAAUACAUUUGCUGAUAGAAUAGAUUUGCGGAUAGGCUAUAUCAGGGGUUCAUAUGCGAUUUUGCCAAUGUGAAUGACACUGUGUCACAGCGCAAACACUGGCAAUGUUUUACUGUUGAGUAGAAAGUUAUGCAAAAGAGAAAAUCACUCUUGAUAAAAAUAUUAUCAAUUGAAGAGUAUAAACCAUAUUUUGCUGCAAACUUUUGUCAAUAGCGCACCGUGCAAAAAGCGGUGAACAAAACUUAUUGUGUACUGUUUAUGAACCUUACGAUGAACCUACUAUAAACACAAAUUAGCCCAUCGGUCUACACCGUUCGUGGUCGUUGGUGCACAUGAAUGAAAGGAAAGUAAAACACACUAAAAUACCAUACAACUAAAAGCAAAUGUUUUGCACUGCUGCUAUACUUCGUACAACAGAAAAGAGAGUCGAUUAAAGUCGGGUUUGGAAAUGGCAAAUCAUUGCAUCAUUUACAGGAAGGCGUUAAAUUGUAAACCAUAUAAAAUAAUACAGUUUCACAUUAAGCAUCUUAAACAUCACAGAUAGCACACAAACACACAUUCAUUCAUAUUACAAAACAAAACUUUAAACAACCAUAUGUUUGCAGAAACUCUGUAGCUGACGCAUACUCGAACUGAAGUACUGUUUUCAGAAUAUAAAAACUUAUGGCAACAUGGGCAUCUAAUAGUAAUAGCUUAACAAACAAGCAUAAUAUCGAAGAUUACUAUGAAAACUCGUACUUUCAUAAUGAAAGAUACAAAACAACAACUGUUGGACAGGGUUAGCAGUGGGGGCAGACGUUUACGGUACAGCUGGAUGAAUAGCUUAGCAGAAUAGCUUACUUUAAAAAUCGAAAAGGGUUACAGAAAGCACAAUUUACAAAAGGAACACAAGAAGCACUGAUGAUUAAACAGCACUAAAGUAAAGAAUUCUGUCAGAUAAGAUCAUUGGCUUAAUGAUGAACUGCAUCAUCGAACGAUAUGUGAGUUUGGGAAACAGUGUGAGUAUGCUAAGUCCAUGCUCUAGAAAAGAGAUUUCCAAGUUAUUACCUUUUUUGUUCUUUCCGAGAAGAGUAUGAAGAUUUCAAAUGACGUAGCUAGGGUUUCAUCAACAAUUUCCAUCUUGUCAUAGUUGUUAAUAUGUUUUUUUUAUGUUCUAGAAUGUCGGCGCGUGUCGGUAAUCAUUUUCAUGAGCAUCUUAUUUACUGCUAUAUGCCUGAUCGAUAGUCGUCCUAUUGACUCGAUAUUCCUAGGAGCUAGCGAUUGUAUGAUACCAAAAUUAAUUAUACUUCAGAACAGGCAGCUGCUAGUUGUUACGUUCUCACGCUCUCUUGUUUAUAAUAAAGGAGUUCUGUAGAUAUAUUUUUAUAAUGCGUUUGUUUGAGACCAUCGAUUUUUUAUGAAUGAUUUAAGGUAUAUAAAUUAAGCACCAUUUCGUUGUGUGUACGAGAAUGCAUCGGUGAAAAAUGUUUUGUUAACCCAUAAGGUCAAGUACAAAAGAGUAUAUUGCAAUGAAAACAGACUCUUCGCUCGCAUCAUCGCGUUAUGAUGUGUUUUACCAUCUCUAUGGCCUUUCGUGUAACGUACCGUAGAGUGCAAAACAAACAUGAUCUUGUUUACCUGCUAAACAGGAACAUAUUGCAUUAGGUCAUAGCAGAAAAAAACAGUGUGCGUCCUUGUGGCAACGAGACAUGAACGAAUCCAUAAACUAUUUUAUGCAACUGCAUUCAACAGGCAAAUUUAAACUAGCAAAAAAGGCAAACAAAUAACGAAACAAACAAACACAGGAGCAGAUGCAAGCAAAGAUAUAAAGAAGAGCGCCGAACAAAUACUGAGAUAAAAAUAUAUAUAUAUAUUCUAUAUUGAGAGAAGUUUAAGUAAAAGAAGCAUACACAAACCAAUUAAUAAUUUAUUAUGAGGAAACUAAAACAUAGAUGCUAACGAGAGACCGAAGAACGAAACGGAAGAAAUGACAUUAACCUGAUGCAUGAUAAUGCUAAUAAAA